UUAAAAUAAUUAUAAAAAGAGAAAUGUGAUUUUUUUUUAUUCAUUCUCUGGUAAAUUUUUUUCAUAGCUGUAAUAUAACUUUCACCAGUGGUAGUGAGUUCAUCGAAAUAUGACUCCUGUGAUAACAAUUUUGAUCUUACAAGUCAACGUUCCGAUAUUUUUUUAAAAAAAUAUCUACAUAAAUACUUAAUUAUUAUUAUUAUUAAAUAGAUAUUUUGUUUCUUGCCGACGUGCCAGUGGUUAUUUUUUUUUUUAACGGGAGACUAAAUAUUAUGGCGACAAGUCUGGUCAUUUAAUAAAUCAAUAUGGUAGCAGCUGGAGUCACUGAUUUGAUGGCUGCUAAUGAGGGCAGCUCAUCAUCUGACAGCCUGGCCCGAAGAUCGAGAACCAGUACUACGAACAGUAUUAUAGGAAAGAAGACUGCCAGCAUUCGUGAGACCAAGGCGUCAAGAUUGCGCGCUGCGUCAAUAGUAUCUCCGAUCGAUGGCUCAACUCUGCCAAGAAAAACAGGAUUUCCCGACGGUCUAUCUGCCUGGAGUUCACAGUCGGCUACUUUAUACAACAAACAAAAAAGUCCAAUGUCUUCGAGUAGCAGCCUCUCUCAAGCAUCGUCGAGAGACAGAGACAAGUAUCACCAGAGGCGUACCUCCACUAAGUCUAGCGAGCCUGAAGAUAAACUAAUUGAUUCAGUUAAUUCUGAAAGAAUUGUUAGACGAUCAAAGCGGUUGGCACUAAAAGCUUCCGCAACAAAAACAUCCUCAGCUUUUAGCGAUUUAAAUAAAAAUCCGUUAGGUGUUGGUCGUUAUCAGAAUAGCGAUUCAAAAGACAGCACGCGACGGGUCAGUAAUCAUCAAAGCACAUCCGAUUCAGUUACAGUGCGUGCAUCAUCCACGUCAACAUCAACAACGCUCGCUUCCUCAUCCGGUACUAAACGCACCAGUACAAACCGAAUUAGCGGUCACGACAGCAGUGAGGUAUUGCAACAGCGGGUCGACGCGCUGACGGCACGCACAAGAGCCACCAUGGAACGUGUAGAAAGGCUUGCUUCCUCAUCAUCAUCAUCACCAUCUUCCUCCCACGCGAUUACACCCGUUGACAGUAGAUCUACCAAUUUAAGACUCGGUGAUUAUCACACCUCUGGUAUACCGCAAAUGGUUACGUCUAGAUCACCCAACUUCACCAAGCAACCGCCGAAAAAUGUCCGUGUUCUCUCAUCGAAUGCGUCUGCAUCGUCGUUCCUAUUAACGACUAACAAUUUAUCAUCAUCUACUUCCAAGACAAUCAACGAUGAGGUCCAAGUCAUAUCAUCAACAACAGUAUCAUCGAGUCGAAAUCAAUCAGCGCUUAUUUCUAUACUUAAACACAAGUCACUUGAUAUUGAGACAACGACUGCGGAUGAGUCUCGUCAAUUUGUAACAUUAGCGGUAGAUAAUAUUAAAGUAAAUAAUAAAAAACACGGAAUUUUAAAAAAGCGAAGUAGUUUAGAUGAAAAUGAAAUAUUACGACGUAGAAAUAAUUCUCCGGAUGUCUAUGCUGAGUUAAGUAGCUUAGACUAUUCGCCAAUUUCUACCAAUGAACGUCGCUCGUCUUUAGAUGAGCUUGUAAAACGUCCCCGCAGCCCGGAAUCUCAUCUCACCUCGAUUUUAAAACGUAAAACUUCGGGAGAAGAUGAUCGUGAGGAAUUUUAUACAACUGAGCCACAGAGUAUCUUAAAGAGACCGUCAUCUGGUAGUUGUAAAUUAAAUUCUGCUGGUCAUCAUGUUAGUAUUGCUGCUGCGGUUGCUAAAACACUUGGAAAUACGGAAUUUAUUAAUGGUGGUGCUUGUACCCAAGUACGUCCAAUUCUUAAGAAGAAAAUAAGCCGUGAAGAAUCUUCAUCCAGUGAUCCACCGUCUUUGGAGCCUCGACCGAUUCUUAAAAAAAAAUCCAGCACUGAGUCUGAUGAGCAUGAAGAUAAACCCAAGAAAACAAUUUUAAAAUCAUCGAAAAAAAGUUCUGAGGAUUCUAGCAAUGAGUCUGAAGCAACUUCACCAAAAAAACUUUCGGUAUUGAAAAAUCGAGCAUUACAACGACGUACAAAUAGCUUACCAGAGUGUGACGCAGUGCGUUCGAUUCUGAAGAAUUCAUCGUCUGGUCGAUCGCGGUCCAGUGACUCAACGAGGGAUCUGUGUCUGAGGAAACGUGCUCGGUCUGUUGGCCACGAGAAUACGUCCCACGGCAACUGGAAUGAAAUGUACGACACAUUUAAAGAUAGUAUAGACGUUGACUGUAGACCCACUCCAAUCAGUUCAUCAUUACGUUGUAACAAUUUCACUUCAUCCAUUGCACCUAUAGUCUCAUUCAAAUUACCUAGUAGGGAAGACGAGGUAAUUUACUGUGACUCUAAUGCAGAGGAUAGUGCAGCGAACGAUGACGAAACAAAUUUAACAAACAUAAACAGUAAUAAAAAGCUGGAUGAUAAUAUUGUUAAAUUACGACGAGCUCGUCAUAUAUCGCGUCGUUAUAGAAAUCGUAAAGAAUUAUUAUUACCAAAUGCCAUUGAUGUCCUUCAAACACUGCCCAAGACUGUUGUGAUAGACACAAUCCCUACUGUCGAAUUAUUAGACUCGAGGAAGGCGAAGGUAGACGAGAAGCUGUUGUCGGGCAUUGAAAAGAUGCAUGUCAUCGGAAUAAAUAAGGAUAGAGAAGAAUUAGAUUCGUCGACUUUGGAGAAUAGAAGACAAAUUAGUACUGGCACUGGUCGGAAUGUAUCACAAAUGGCGUUACGUUUCAAGGCUAUGGAAGAAGAACGGGUUAAGACCACCAGUGUGAAGGAGAGCAAGUUACCUCGGCAUAACAACAGCCACCAACAGCGGCUAGGGAAUGAUCCAUUAGGACAGCCUCACUCUAAAGAUCUUUAUGACAGGUUUGUUACUCAGCCAGUUACUUAUCAGGAGGUACACGAAGCAGUGCUCCUGAAUCAGGGAAUCAGUAGACCGUCUGGCGAGAUGACAUCGGUUUCUUCUACUCGGAAACAAGAUUCUAAAAGCGAUGACGUUGAUCCGUCUAAGCUGAGCUUGGCUGACCGAGUAAAGCUGUUCAAUCGACGAAUUGAUACAGAAAACACCGGGAAAUCGGGCGUUACACUUGAUCGGACGCAAAGGAGGCUCAAUAGUCGCUUUAGGACUCAGCCCGUUACGGUGGAAGAGGUCGAGGUCGCGUCGAGAAAUAUUCCGUCCAAAAUCGAUAAUUUAAAGCGAGUUCCAUCUGAAUCUUUGGGAAUUGUCUCGACACCUGAAACUAUUUCGCAGAUAAAUAAUGAACAGCCGAAAGGUAUUUUAAAAUCAUCAAGCUCACACGUGCUAGGACUUCGUAACUCGACAGGUGAAUUUAUUCCAGUGUCAGAAUCAUCCUCAAACUCAUCAUCAGAAGUAGAUGUUGCUUGUUGUGUGGGCAAUGAUAAAAUACCGUACUUGAGAGAACAAGAGCCACGGAUUGUUAAGCAAUCUAUCGAGAAUGAGUCAUGUAAUGAAUGCUGCACAGACGUAAAUGAUGGAGUUGUUCUACGGAAUAAAAAUUAUAGUCGUGUUUGUGAAUCAACUCAAGCAGUUGUGAAGAGUAGUAGCAACGGCAGUAAAAAAAACAAUACAGUGCCUUCAUCAGAGUAUAUUGAUAGUAAUAAUAGUAGCAACAGUAUAAGCAACGGCAAUGCUACUGGUAGUUGUAGAACAACCGAUAGUGCUCAUUGUAUUAGCAAAAAUCAAACACAGCGAAUUUUAAAUUCAAGAAAGUUUCGGCGUAAAUCUGAAAGUGAGAGUAUUUUUUGUGAAGACAAGAAUUAUUUAGCCAGUGAUAUAACAACGAGCACUAAGAAUCAGAGACCUGUAUCAUCAGUACCUUGUGUUGACUUUCCCGGCAUGAGUAUUGCUGAUCGUUUAGCCGCGCUUCAGCGCAGCGGUACCACUGACUGGAAGCGCCGAGUGACUACUGAAACUGUGCCUUUAAUUAUCGUUGACAAACCUAUUGAUAAUGAUUCCAAGAAGAGUAGUGAUCUUUGUCAAAAAGAGAAAGACGAGCUCGCGAUAAAACAAAGAAGAUUAGCCGAUCGCCUUGAGAAAUUAGAAUCAGCAGCUGAAGGAUGGCGCAAGCGAGUCGUUGAAACAGACGCAAUCACAUUUUCUGUGGCCGGUAAAAUGCGAGUCGAAUUACCGGAUUCAAUAUUACCACAAAAGUUAUUCGAGUCAAUGGGUAAUUGUGUUUCCGAUGCGAAGAAAAAAAUACCACGCCCUGAACACUUCAGGAAAGGAAAUACUAAAGAUAUGUCAGGCAGCAAUGAGUACUUAACACAACCAACACUACCGAAAGAUACCAGCGACGAUAGUGGCGAGGAAUCUACAACAAAUCGUAAAUCGUGUUCAAUUCAAUACGUUCCUCGCGCUGACGAUGAAACUUUUACUUCCUUUUUUGAGAGUCUCUCCGUGGAUAAGUGUCGAGAAGAAAGUAUUGACGUAGAUGAAAGUGACUUUGAUGUCAUUACCCCUUAUUCCGAGUUACUUGGCGUGAGAAGAACUACUAAAUUUCAACGACGACAUGUUUCUUCAAGAAAUCCAAUUAAAAUAUUGGCUGCUCGAACUGAUAUAAAAGAUGAAUACACAGAAAUAAUUACUGGCGUUGCUGAGAGAGUUAUGAAAAUGACUAACAUUGAAAAACUUGCUCAAAAUUCAAAUUUGGCUGUAGAAGCAUUAGCUGGUCUAGCUUCAACGGAAAAUUUCAAUGCAAUAACUCUUAAGAAUGUCACGGACAGUGCAGUUUAUGGAACUAAAAAACUGCGUCCGUACAAAGAAUUAAUGUUAAUACUAGUAAAAGGUCGCCGACACGUUCAAGUGCGUCUAGUCCAACCUGUUGCAUCGAGCGUGAACUCCGGCGAUAAUUAUAUCUUAGUAACGAGAUCAGAGUUGUAUCAUUACUCGGGAAAAUUUAGCAAUGUCAUUGAAAAGUCAAGAGCUGCUGAUAUAGCGCUGAGAAUUCAGAGACACAAAGAUUUGGGCUGUCAUGCGCCCCAAGUAAUAACGAUAAACGAAGGAAACUCCACAUCGUUGUCAGAUGUAAGGAAUUUUUGGAAACACUUAUGUGAGAGUGAUAUUAAUUCUUCCGUAGUUGAAGCUGGUCUUCCCGAAGAAGAUGAGUUGUAUGAGUCGGCGUUAAUUGCAACAAACGUAGUCUAUGAAGUUGUUAACGAUGAACUGAUACCUCUGGAAAAAUACUGGGGUGCGAUACCAAAGAUAAAAAUCCUUGAUCCCAGUAAAAUUUUAGUCUUUGAUUUUGGUAGUGAGAUGUAUAUUUGGCAUGGUAAAAUAGCCUCGAAAGAGAAGCGCAGUGUCGCUACACGGUUAGCCCAAGAAUUGUGGGAUGAAGGAUAUGAUUAUUCUGAAUGUACAGCUUGUCCAAUUGACGCUGCGUCGCUUAUUGGACGGCGCCUUACCGAGUUGUCUGCUGUGAAGAAAGACGUAAAACGUCCCGAGUGGUGUUUAAUAGCCAAAUUAACUCAACACACUGAAACAAUUCUCUUCCGUGAGAAAUUCCUCGACUGGCCAAACGCUACGGGAAUAAUAAAAGUUAAAAAGAGCCAGGAAAAAGAACAGGUUGAUGGUAAAAUAAUUGUUGACCCUCCUGAUGUUAAUUUAAUGCUCCAGCCUAACGACACACCCGUUGAUUUAAUUCUGGAAGGCUGUCAUCUGGGUCGCGGGAGCGGCUGGUUCGACGAGGAAUUCAGUAGGCAGUACCUGGUAACUACUACUAAUGUUACUGUGUGGAAUGUUGAUGAAUACUCGUACAGUCAGCUAGAUGAUAGCUCUGUAGGGCAAUUUUUCACUGGAGACAGUUAUAUUGUCCGCUGGAUGUACAGAAUCACAAUUACCGGGCGAGAACUCAGCGGCUUGCCGUCAAAGCAUGCUGUUGAUGGUCGCAAUAGAUGCGCGUACUUCAUCUGGCAAGGCAAAAAUUCAUCGUUGAAUCAGCAGGGCACUGCUGCGUUGCUCACUGUUGAGCUUGAUGGUGAAAAAGGGCCUCAUAUUCGUGUUGUUGAAGGCAACGAACCAGCCGCUUUUCUUAAUUUAUUCAAAGGCGGAAUGGUUGUUCACUCCGGUAAAAAAUCAGACAAGCAAAAUGUCAAAAAAUUGAGAAUUUUUGUCAGCCGAGGCGCUGAAGAAAAUGAAACUUGUUUGAUUGAAGUGCCCUGCAGCCCUCGACAGCUCAAAAGCCGUGGCUCGCUAGUUUUCGUCGAUAAUAAACUUAGAAAAAUUUCCGUCUGGCAUGGAAGACACUCACUCACUCAUAUUAGGGAAAAUGCAGUACAUGCUGCUCAGAAAUUAGUUGAAAAUUGCCCAAUUGAAGCGGGCUUUAGUAAUUAUAGCGACAUCAAAGUCGAGGAAAUUUUUGAAGGUGAAGAACCUAAAGAAUUCGUCAACAGUGUUAUGAAUAAAAAAUUACACAUGACGUUAAACAAAAAAACUAUUCCACUCCAUACGCCUAGACUAUUUCACUUCUCCAGCUCGUCGGGAGAGUUCACGGUGACGGAGUUAUUAUGUCCGCACCGCUCCAAAGUGCCAACACCUUUUCCUUUUAUCCAGGAGGAAUUUUAUCAAGCUAAUCAGCCUAGUUUAUUUUUGUUGGACAACAAAGAUGAGCUUUGGUUGUGGCAAGGUUGGUGGCCCGAUACUGGCUUGGAUGAUCAAACGGGAAGCGGAGCUGUGAGAUGGCAAGCUGAAAGAAAAGCUGCGAUGACAGUUGCCAUUGAGUAUUGGAACAAAACACAUUCCAAUUCUAAAAAAAAAUGUGUAUAUCUAAUAUGGGCUGGUCUUGAACCACUGGAGUUCAUCAACCUCUUUCCGACUUGGACAGAUCGGGAUGAUAUUGCGGAGUUAAAUAUGGAGGAUGGUCGAGCUCCUGGUGAAAUACUUUCAGUUGAAAGCGAGCUGGCUCGCUUAACGCAACGUACUUAUCCACCUGCUCAAUUAUUACAACGACCAUUACCUGCGGGUGUUGAUCCGACGACAUUAGAAUUAUAUUUGUCACCGCAACACUUUACGGAAUUGUUAGGCAUGAACAUGGAGGAAUUUAGAGAGUUACCGGCAUGGAAGCAAAUAUCCAUAAAAAAAGAAAUCGGCCUUUUUUAAAAGACUUAUAUAUUAUAUUAAAUAAACCUUUUUAUUACGCCAAUUGACAACAACACUUUUUAAAAUGGGUGUUGAAAAUUAAAAAUAAAGAUUAAAAAGACUUAGGCUAAAGUAUUAUUCCGAAACUACAAAGAUAAAAUUAUAUUUUUAAUACACAAACAAACAAAAAAAUAAUCUUAAAAAUUGGCUUGUGAAUAUUUCAUUUAUAUUUGUACGGGUUUUAUAUAUUUAUCAAAUAAUACAUGUGUUUUAAACCGUUAA